AGCUGCUUUUGAAUGCGGUUCAAAGCCGGCUCACUCUUGGUAUCGCAGCAGUUUCACUCCAUUCCAUAGCUGUACGUUUGUAUUUCCAGAGCCAGCCAUCAAGAAAUGGCCAAUCCAUUACCCGUGGUAGCCCAGGAAGAUUUGGAAAGCUUUACCUUGACCAGGACAGGCUCAGGCUUUGCACUCAAAGCCUUUCAUAUUUCCUGGAGCACUCCCAUCUCUGUGAAGCUGCUGACCAGCCAGGACACUACAGACAGGGAGUGGAAGUUGCUACUUCAGGACAUAGCAAAUGUCAGACACUAUGAGUCUGAACGUCUCCUGCCUUUCCUUGGGAUUUACCAGUGCCACGGACUUGUGGGGAUAGUGACUGAAUGGAUGAACAAUGGAUCCCUCCACUCCCUCAUCCAUGAGCAUCAGCUGUACCCAGAGCUUCCCUUUCCCUUACUCAUAAGGAUCCUGUCGGAUGUGGCUGAAGGGCUGCAUCAUCUUCACAGCCUCGGACCUGCUCUCUGCCACUGCAGCCUGAAACCUUCCAAUGUGCUUUUGGAUGUGCAGUACAGAGCCAAGAUAUCAGAUUAUGGCCUAACCAACUGGAGGAAACAGCAGCUGAGGUCAGACCUGCAGAACUGCCAGCAGAGAAACUGCCAGGACUUAGUGUAUCUUCCUCCUGAAAUACUUGAAGGAGGCCUUCCUUCCCAGGAAGGUGAUAUUUACAGUUUUGGAAUCCUGUGUUGGGAGGGCCUCAGCAGACAGAAACCUUUUGAAGGUCAAGGAACCCUGCUCAAUGUUUUGAGAGGAAUCUGCAGCAGUUUGCGGCCAGGCAUUUCAGAAAAGUUCAUACCAAGCAAUUUGCCUGAGAGGAAUAGACUGCUGCACCUCAUUGCUCUGUGCUGGCAUCAAGAACCAGAUUAUAGACCACAUACUGCAGAAUGUGUACACCUUCUAAAUGGAGUUUUGACUAGUAUAAAUAAGGAUGUAAUUUCUGCAGCAAUCUACAAUUUGAUGGAUGCAAAGGAGAGAGCACUUAACGCAUGCAAAGGCUCAGAGACCUACACCCUGCAGAGAGGCACAUGCAAUUCCCAGAUCAUCUGUCCACAAAAAGGCAACCACUUAAUCAGCAAGAAAAUUCCUCUUGUAUUGCCAAGUUCGUCAACUGUUCUACUUGAUAGCAGUGCAAAUACAGCAGGAAGAGAUAAUAUUGAGAUGGGUGUGUCAAGUGCUACCCCACAGAAUGCAACAGCAACCAAAGAUCACCCAGGCUCUGAGAGAAGAAAAUCAAGCUCCUUUUGCACAAAUCCUUCAUCUGGUUCAACUGCAGGCAAAGAGAGCAGUCAGCAUAACUCCCCAGCACUGGCUCUUCAGCACAGACCACAACCAAUGCACCUUGGACAAGCAGUGACAGGUCCUUGCAGCAAAGGAAACUGCUGCCAAAUCCUUGCCUGCCAGAGACAGAGCAUACUGAGCUGCAUGACAGAAGGACUCCUCAACCACCUCCUGGACGUGCUGCGCUCGCAGCAGACGCUGUCCCGAGUGGACUACGAGAGCAUCACCUCCUGCCCCACGGUGACCGCCCGCGCCCGGGCACUGCUGGACACGUGCCUUUGCCUCGGGGAGAGGGCAGCACAAGCUGUAGUGGCUGCACUUUCAGUGAACAAAUGUAGUCCUCUGGGACAAUUCAUUCAUGCCCAGACUGUCCUUCCAAGGUAAACAGGCUGUUGUUGUGACUGAUUUUUUUCACAGUCUGUUGUAUACA